AGCGUGCAGAAAAAAAAGUCACAGUCGCGAACCAAAUCGAAGAUAAACCCCAAAGCUAGCGAGAAAAGCUUGAAUUUUAGGGUUGAAGAUGUGUUCGUUAUCGAUGCAAUUCUCGAUUUUGCAAUCACGGUUUCGUCCUUCUUCUUCGUCUUUUUUAUCCAACCAUGAACCUAAACUCUCUACUUCUUCCUCUGUGAGCUUCCCGUUGAAGAUGACGAAGAGUAGCAGCGGAAGUGGGGGUUUGAUGGUUCUGAGAGUUAAAGCUUAUGGUUCCUCCUCUGAUUCGUCUGCAGAUUCCUCCACGCCUCCUAAUGGCACUCGGCAGCCUAAAAGCAGGAGGGAUAUAUUACUGGAGUAUGUUCAGAAUGUGAAGCCUGAGUUCAUGGAGAUGUUUGUUAAACGUGCCCCUAAACCUGUGGUUGAUGCAAUGAGACAAACUGUGACGAAUAUGAUAGGAACGCUGCCUCCGCAGUUUUUUGCGGUUACUGUCACCUCUGUUGCCGAGAACCUUGCACAGCUGAUGAUGAGUGUGUUGAUGACUGGGUAUAUGUUCAGAAACGCUCAAUAUCGUCUUGAACUGCAACAAAGUUUGGAGCAGGUUGCUCUUCCUGAACCACGUGAUCAAAAGGUGAACGUGUUUAAGGGAGCUGAUGAAGACUAUGCACCUGGAACACAAAAGAACGUUUCAGGGGAAGUGAUCAGGUGGAAUAACAUAUCUGGUCCUGAGAAAAUUGAAGCGAAAAAAUAUAUCGAACUUCUGGAAGCAGAGAUUGAAGAACUCAACCGUCUAGUGGGGAGAAAAUCUGCGAAUCAGCAGAACGAGAUUUUGGAGUAUCUAAAAUCUCUCGAACCCCAAAAUCUUAAGGAGCUUACAAGCACAGCAGGUGAAGAUGUUGCUGUGGCCAUGAAUACAUUUGUCAAGCGACUUCUGGCUGUUUCAGACCCAAACCAAAUGAAGACGAAUGUGACAGAGACAAGCGCAGCAGACCUAGCAAAAUUGUUGUAUUGGUUAAUGGUGGUGGGAUAUAGCAUUCGGAAUAUCGAGGUUCGGUUUGAUAUGGAACGUGUGCUUGGUACUCAAGCGAAACUUGCAGAGCUGCCUCCAGGUGAAAUUAUUUGAAUACUAUGGUGAAUAAACCCGGGGGCCUUUUUACCCCAAAGAACUGAGAUUUCACUUAUGUAAUUUUUAUUGUAAAAUUGAUCGAACUUAAUUUGAUGAGAAGACAGUAUUGGCUGCUGGAAACUUGGAAUUAGAUCACAAGUUUUUGCUUUGA